GAAUGUUUUCAACAUUCACUCGAGACAAUUAACCGCCACGUUAGAAGAGUUGCUGAGGCACUUGUCAGUUGGCGCCAACAUAUGUAUAUCCAAAAAAUAUGACCGGUGUACAUGCAAAAAUUCGACACAACAACCGCUUUUGGCCUUGGUUUAAGGAUUGUAUUGGUGCAAUUGAUGGAACAUAUAUACAAGGGGAAGUCCCAAGAAAUAAGCAACAAACAUAUCGUAAUCGUAAAGGAAUUACUUCACAAAAUGUAUUAUGUGCAUGCGAUUUUGACAUGAGGUUCACCUUUAUUGCAGCAGGCUGGGAGGGUACUGCCCAUGAUAGUAAAGUACUUGAGAAUGCAAUUCUUGACUCAUCGGCCAAUUUUCCAUUUCCACCACGUGAAAAAUAUUACGUUGUUGAUGCUGGUCUUCGGAACACAAGAGGAUUUCUAGCUCCAUACAAAGGAAUGCGCUAUCAUUUACAGGACUACCGAGGAAGUGAAAGAGAGCCUAAGAAUGGAAAAGAGCUAUUUAACUAUAGACAUGCCUCUCUACGCAAUGUAAUUGAAAGAACUUUUGGUGCGUGGAAAAGUAGAUUCAGAAUACUACGACAAGGCAUGAACAACUAUGAAUGUGACAUGCAAGUGAAAAUAGUAGUUGCUUGCGCUGUAUUACAUAAUUUUUUACGUGAACACCAAAGCAAUGAUGGAAUAUUCAGUGAAUAUGAAAGUGAUGAUAUGGUUGUUGAUGAAAAUGACGAACAAUCGGCUCAGAGUAACAACAUCGCUUCAUCUUCUCGAUCAUCUGAUUUGCAAAAGCAAGCUCAUCGAGAAGAGAUUGUUCAUAGAAUGUGGGAAGAUUAUAUUAAAGAAUAGUUUGAACUCUUCCAGAAGAGAAGGCAGAGGCGCUUCAGUGAUUGCAAUAUUUAUUUCCUUCUGUUUUCUUCUUCUUUUUCAAAUUCAUAUUAGUUGUAUUUUCAUUAUCAUGAUUUGUACUAGUCUUUUUUAACGAUGCGACUAUUUACUGUAAUGAUGCUUUUUGAUUUGUUGCGGAAGUCAUGAAUCUUGUUACGCGACAUUUCUAUUUUGCUAUGUAAUACACAUUUAUGGUUAGUUUUGAUAGUUUUAAAAACUUAUGGGCAUAAGUCAUAUUUCUUAAAAAAUUGAAAUAUAUUUCCCAAAUACUAUGGCCAAACACAUGGUGAAAUUUCACCCAAAUCUUCACCCAAAUAAUAUUUGCCAAAUAUAUUUGGAAAUCUAUGGCCAAACGCUAG